AUGACCAGCCAGUCUCAGGGGAUCCAACAGCUCCUGCAGGCAGAGAAAAGGGCCAAGGACAAGCUAGAAGAGGCAAAGAAGAGUAAUUACUUCUGUUGCGGUUAAUCCUCAGGAAAAGGAAAGCGACUGAGGCAAGCUAAGGAAGAAGCCGUGGCGGAGACGGACCAGUACAGAAUGCAGAGGGAGAAGGACUUCCGCCUGAAGCAGUCUAAGAUAAUGGGCUCUCAGAGCCACCUCUCGGAUGAAAUAGAAGAACAAACACUAGAGAAGAUCAAAGAACUGAACGGAAGCUACAACACAUGUAUGGAAAGCGUGGUUAAGCAGCUGUUGAGCAUGGUGUGCGACCUGAAACCAGAAAUCCAUGUGAACUACAGAGCCACCAACUGAAUGUGCUCCAGACUUCCAAGUCCAUCGCGUUCUGUUAAUAUGAAGGGACUGCAACUGUGCACCUGAAGUUUACUAUAAACUUUCAGGUCACGCAUUGCGUGUAUGGCACAGAAUUAAAAAUUAAAUAACAUGAUGUAAUUUCUCCUGGCAAUGUAUGAUGGGGCUUAAUAUGAAGCAAGUUAAGAAAGGGGACAAAUUUGAUUUUUUUUAAUUGGUUGUUUUAUUUAUUUUCAUUUUGAAUCUUAUCCCCUUUCCAGGUUUCCCCUCUGCAA